AUUACUGGAUCCCCCCUCUUCUCCCAUCCUCCAAUCCUUCUCAAAAGUUGAACCGCCUCCGCCAUUCCCUAAAGCGAAGCAUCUCAUCCUCCUCCUCCACCGCCCCUUCCCUUCCCCUUCCUCCACUGGUUAGCAUCGUGGAUCGAUCGCCGCGGCGGGCGGCCAUGUGGGUCGAGAUACUGUGCGGCCUGGUGGCCUACAAGCUCAUCCGCGCCGUCUUCUUCUCCGACGACGGCCUCGACCAGCUCGCCGGCCUCGACUCCUCCCACUCCGAUCUCUGCUUCGCCGUCGCAGCCAGGCUCGAGAGGCUCUACGGCGGCCGCUGCUUCGUCGGCCUCCGCAUCCCUGACCCCGACGCCGGCGAGCGCCAGCAUGUCGACGUCGUUCUCGUCACCAAGAGGGAGGUCAUGGUGGUGGCAAUCAACAAUGUCUCUGGUUUUGUUGAGGUUGACAAGGAUGGUAACUGGUUCACCGAAAAGAAGCGCAAGAAGGAGGUUAUUCCAAACCCGGUACUAGAAGUCAGUAGGAUAGCUGCCAAUCUUCAAUCAUACUUGGAGCAGAGGGGGGCAACACUGCCUAACGGGAUUGUAAACGGAAGAGUUGUACUUCCAAAUCUCAACUGCAAGCCAUCAUACACUAUUAAUCUUCAACCGGAGGUUAUCUCGUCCGAUCAAUGGGAAGAUCUUAAGGCAGACACAAAAGGUGGACUUUCGACAUGGAUUAAAGGUGCAUUUCAUGGAAACAAAAGCGACAUCCAAGAUUCGUUACUCCAAAAUCUGUAUUCUAUUCUCAGCACGUCGCCUAUGUGGGACAGGCUGGAACUCAGAGGGGACAAAAAUGUCCUUGGUGAAUUCAUGGAAUUUAAAGGCAAGCAUGAAGACAUGCCACUCCUGAAAAAAGUGAAGAGAUCAAAAGUUAGCCGAUUUGUCAUCCAGAAAUCAACUCUUUUUGGAGGUUUUGGCAGGUCGCGAGUCCAAAUACUGUAUUCUCCUCGAGAUUACCGAGCUGAGGGCACUUCAUCUUCAGAAUGGAAAGAGAUCUCCGUGAAGCAGUACACCGAGAUUCGUUUCCAGCCGUUGCACUCCAAGAAAGUCCGGAAAUUCAAGCUGUCGAGUGUUGCUUCCGUGACACUGAGCGCCUAGUAAGUAGAAAUUUCAUGCGCAGUAUCUUGGGUGUGCUACAGUUUCCAAACUUUCUGGCUCCCUCAGAAGAGAUGUGUUUCUCUUGCCUCUGUACAUCCAUCCCUAUUUUCAAGUCAAGAUGUAACUGAACAUGAAUUACAUGAAUGAAUAACAGAAUAUGUUUCUUGUUGUUGAGAUUUA